AUGAAAGACCUUGUCCGAAAUAGUCAGUAUCUCAAUCCAAAAUACAGUGAUCUGUCGAUAAGAUGUGGGGAUGAAGUCUUUCCAGCCCAUCAAAACAUUAUUGGUCCUCAGUCAAAAUAUUUUGAAGUCACUUGUGACAGUUCUUUUAAGGAAAGCUAUGGUGAGAUUAUUCUCGAGGAUCGUGAUCCAGGGCCCGUCAAAAAGGCACUAGAAUUUUUGUACACGGGCGACUAUACUUACGACGGUUCUUCAAAUGCCCAAGCCUUUUUCCAUGCCCAAAUGUACGCACAGGAUUCAUUCAACUCCUCCGUGAUUGAAGUGUACAGCUUUACAGGAGAAUAUGACCAUUUGGAGAAUUCUAUAUUUUGUGACAAUAUCUUAGAAUCUGUCCCUAGCUUCAUGUUGGACGUCUGUAUUUCGGCCUUGGAUAAGUGUGCUACGUAA